GCCAUGCGUGUGCGAAAAGCAGCGAAAAAUUCACUCACCGCUUUGUUUUUACACACUUCCUACAUACCACCCCACCUAUCUAUAUUUACCUUCUACAUUCCCUACCAAAGAUACUCCCCAUCAUGUCGUCAUUGUCGUCGUUUUGCCGUCGUCAUUGUCGGCCUCACAGCGCUGCUAACCGCACCUACGUUUUCCCUUGCUGAUGCUCUCUAUCUCUGUAUCUAUCUCGAUCUAUCACCCUCCCUACCGCUUUCCUUGUUUGUGUUUUUCAUAAGUGUAUCUCUACAUAAGCAAGCGUGCGCUGCUAGAUAGAAUUGAGAUGUCAACACCUACGACUGCUG